UUAAUGUUACUAUAUAUCGUGUUAUUUACGUAUUCCAUUCCCCUUGCGAGCAAUCAUGAGAUGAAUCCCACCGCAUUUAUUCGUUAGCCAAACAUUUUCCGCGUGUUUCCAUGGAAUCUCUGCUGGAGCCCUCUGGUGACGUAUAUGGGCCGCGCCCCCUUUCUCUCCCACAUGUGCCACGUCAGAGGAGGAAGCCCUCCAGGCUGAGCUAGUUACUCACAGGAGUAGGAGACCAUUCACCCGAGAAUCAUAGAAAUAUUCUGCUACUGACUUCAAUUUCCACCCUUUCGAUGUCACCCAGGGCCUGCGAGAUGUUGCUGGACGAGACGCCACUGUUCGACCCCUCGCUUAUCCAGGAGCUGGACUGGAGCACCAAUACCGUGCCUUUCUCUCCGCCCAUAUCGCCCUCACACCCAGGAGAAGGCCUGAUCCUCCGUCCCCUAUGCACGGCUGACUUUAACCGAGGAUUCUACAAAGUCCUGUCUCAGCUCACCGUAGCAGGUGAUGUGACACCUGAACAAUUUAUCGACAAGUUUGAGCAUAUGAAGAACACUGGCGAUUACUAUGUUGUCGUUGUGGAGGACACAAACCUUGGGCAAAUUGUUGCUACAGCAACACUCAUCAUCGAACACAAAUUCAUCCACAGUUGCGCCAAGAGAGGGAGAGUGGAGGAGGUCGUGGUGAGCGAUGUUUGUCGAGGAAAGCAGUUGGGAAAACUAUUAAUGUCCGCUUUGACGCUCCUCAGCAAGAAACUGGAUUGUUACAAAAUAACACUGGAAUGUGCCCCCAACAACGUAGCUUUCUACAAGAAAUUUGGCUACUCCCCAUCAACUGAGACCUACAUGCAGUGCAGAUUUUCUCACUGAAGUCUUACUCUACCUGGCCGCUGAAUGGUACUGCAGUAUGAACACCUGGGAAUCCCUUACACCCCACGCAAUCCCCCCAAAAAACAUAGCAAACAGCUCCUCAGUGGUACCGUACCCGUCUCAAGAUCCUGCUGUGAGCCCUGCUUACAGCUCAUAAGGAAGUAAAGAAUGUAUAGGCUGUUACCUGAAUAUAAUAUCUGUGCAAAUUUAAAAAUGGUGGGAACUAAAGCAGGCAUUUCAGUUUCAGUAAUCGUAGGACUGUGGUCAAGGUUACGCACUUUGUUUACAUAAACUGAUGUUUGCUGUGCUUCACGAUUUGACCUACAGCAGGUUCAAAUUUUCGACUGUUCAACAAUUGAAGAAUGCUGUAAUUCUCCAGUUGUGUAGGGGAUGAGCUGUGAUGCAACCAUCCCAGCCACCCUGGGCGACCCAUUGAACUGUGAAUAACAAAUGUACAAAUGUAUAGGGCUCCUGAUAUUUAAAUUCUCAUAUGUUGAUUAUGUAUUAACAUAUAGCCUAUAUUAUGCUGCAGAGGCACUGCAAUAAUCAAAAUUGAAUAGAAUUGCAUUGUGUAAUAUAUAGGUACAUAUAUAUGUUAACACAAUGUGUACAUACCCCAAGGAAGUUUGUAGGAAUGUUCUCUUUUGUACAAUGGUAUCAUUGAAUGUGAUGUGGAAGUCACAGCCCUUUCUGUAAAAUCCCAUUGCACAGACAUAUUGACUGCUCUUUUUUAGCAGCCCCCUAGGAUGCCAUGAAAAUAUUUACACCAGGGUUUUACAAUACACCAGGUGCAUAUUACUCAAAUGUGUACAUCCCUUCCAUAAAUCAACACCAGUUAAAAGAAAUGCGUUUUAUAUAGUUAAUUUUUCAUAAUGUAAAAAGCCAAAAAUUGAAUGUGCAUAGAUAAAAUAUUGGUAGAAACUAUAUUAGAUGUGAAGGUUUUCUCAUUUUGAACAAUAUUUUGGGGUUUGUGUUGGUAUAAUGUUAAUCUUAAAUAACUGGUACUGGUAGUUAACGGUCAUUAAGUAAUUUCGAUUGGUAGAACACUGUAAAUACAUCUGCAGUGUGGUCCACAUUCAGACCUGUUACUCCAUCUGAAUCGAGAACCCGGUUGGUUCAAUCAACCAGCCCUUUCCAAAUAUUGUACCCAAGGGGUUGUUAAGCAGAGGGAGGGGGGGGGGGCGGGUGAAUGUUUUUAGCAAUCUUUAUAGCCUUCUCAGGAUCUGCACUUAAUGGGAUGCAGCCAAACCUAAUCAGCAAGUUGCAAAUAUGAGGAACUUUAUCACGCAUUUCCCCCUCAUUUAGACUGGGAGAGUCUAAAGAGAUAUGCAAUUGACAUUUACUGUGUUCAUAGAGUAUAAUAACUAGAAGUGUACGCAGUCUUUAUUUAAUUUCAAUAGUGAAUUUAAUUUCAAAAUUAUAUAACUGGGUCUGGGGAACGGAAUAAUGUCUAUCUCAUUAUUUAUUUUCAAAAAUGAACACUGUUGUAAAGUGCAUAUAAAUUUAUCUUUUGCAAACAA